CCUGCAGGCACCAUGGCUCGGAGCAGGGCACUGCUGCUCCUGCUGCUGCUCCCACCACAACUGCAGCUGGGACGGGUGCUCACCGCCAGGGCCCCGGCGCUAGACCGAGCCAGCAGCCACGGCCAGAGCCCCGACGAGAACGAGUUCCUGGAGGGGCCCGUGCUGGUCCUGAGCCCCGAGGAGCCAGGGCCUGGCCAGGCCACAGUGGACUGCCCUCGGGAAUGUGCCUGCUCGCAGGAGGGUGUCGUGGACUGUGGGGGCAUUGACUUACGUGAGUUCCCGGGGGACCUGCCUGAGCACAUCAACCACCUGUCCCUACAGAAUAACCAGUUGGAGAAGAUCUAUCCUGAGGAGCUCUCCCGGCUGCACCUGCUGGAGACCCUGAACCUCCAGAAUAACCGACUGACUUCCCGAGGGCUCCCGGAGGAGGCAUUUGAGCACCUGACCAACCUCAAUUACCUGUACCUGGCCAAUAACAAGCUGACCUUGGCACCCCGGUUCCUGCCAAACACGCUGGUUAGUGUGGACUUUGCUGCCAACUAUCUCACCAAGAUCUACGGGCUCACCUUUGGCCAGAAGCCAAACUUGAGGUCCGUGUACCUGCACAACAACAAGCUGGCCGAUGCCGGGCUGCCAGACAACAUGUUCAACGGCUCCAGCAAUGUCGAGAUCCUCAUCCUGUCCAGCAACUUCCUGCGUCAUGUGCCCAAACACCUGCCACCUGCCCUCUACAAGCUGCACCUCAAGAACAACAAACUGGAGAAGAUCCCACCAGGUGCCUUCAGUGAGCUGAGCAACCUGCGAGAGCUGUACCUGCAGAACAAUUACCUGACGGACGAGGGCCUGGACAACGAGACCUUCUGGAAGCUUUCCAGCCUGGAGUACCUGGAUCUGUCCAGCAACAACCUGUCCCGCGUCCCUGCGGGGCUGCCCCGCAGCCUGGUGCUGCUGCACCUGGAAAAGAACGCCAUCCAGAGCGUGGACGCGGACGUGCUGACCCCCAUCCGCAGCCUCGAGUACCUGCUGCUGCACAGUAACCAGCUGCGGGCUCACGGCAUCCACCCGCAGGCCUUCCAGGGCCUCAAGAAGCUGCACACGGUGCAUCUGUACAACAACGCGCUGGAGCGCGUGCCCAGCAGCCUGCCGCGCCGCGUGCGCACGCUCAUGAUCCUGCACAACCAGAUCACGGGCAUCGGCCGCGACGACUUCGCCACCACUUACUUCCUGGAGGAGCUCAACCUCAGCUACAAUCGCAUCACCAGCCCGCAGGUGCACCGCGACGCCUUCCGCAAGCUGCGCCUGCUGCGCUCCUUGGACCUGUCCGGGAACCGGCUGCACACACUGCCUCCUGGCCUGCCGCGCAACGUGCACGUGCUGAAGGUCAAGCGCAAUGAGCUGGUGGCGCUGGCGCGAGGGGCGCUGGCCGGCAUGGCCCAGCUCCGUGAGCUCUACCUCACGGGCAACCGGCUGCGCAGUCGGGCGCUGGGCCCACGAGCCUGGGUGGACCUUGACAAACUGCAGCUGCUGGACAUCGCUGGGAAUCAGCUCACAGACAUCCCGGAGGGGCUCCCCGAGUCACUGGAGUACUUGUACCUGCAGAACAACAAGAUUACCACGGUGCCCGCCAAUGCCUUUGACUCCACACCCAACCUCAAGGGGAUCUUUCUCAGGUUCAACAAGUUGGCCGUGGGCUCUGUGGUGGAAAGCGCCUUCCGGAGGCUGAAGCACCUGCAGGUCUUGGAUAUUGAAGGCAACUUUGAGUUUGGUGAGGUUUCCAAGGACCACAGCCGGUUGAAGGAGGAAGAUGAAGAGAAAGAGGAGGAAGAAGAGGAGGAAGAGGAGGAAGAUGAAGGGAGAUAG